AUGGAUAUGGCCCAGUGCAGCAGAUAUGACAUGGUGAGAGCUUGGACCACUUGUCCAGGGGAGAAAGGAGUCUCUGGAAAGGAGCUGGUGACUGAGAACGAGUCUGUUCUCCUCAGUAAUACCAUGUCAGUCAGGAUUCUUGGCUGCUCACUUACCCUUGAUGCCAGCAACAUCAAGAAGCUUCAAGCCACGCGCUGUGGCCGUUGGGUCAGCAUCCGGGCACCUGGCGCGAGCACAGAACUCAGAGCGCUCCUGGGCUGCUGGGCGAGCUCCCCGGAGACGGUUGGGAUAGCUCCUCGGAGACCUGUUGGGGCAACUCCCGGGAAACCUUUGAGACAACUUGGAGACCUGGGGGGCAACUCUCCCGAAGACCUUGAACUGGCAGCAGGCGGUUCAACGCAGAGGCUGCUUGCGCACCUGCUGUCCCGCGCGCUCAGGGAGAUGAGCGAGGAGCCCUCGAAGGAGGCAGAGUCCGAGGCCCAGGAGCGGGCCAAGCCGGCCCAGUCGGUGUCCGCAGCCUUCCUGACGCCCGAGGCCGUGACCACGGACGAGGCUCAGCGGGAAGCAGGCCCCAAGGAGGAGUCCAGCCGCGAGAGGGUGUUGGAGUCCCAGGCCGCGAGACGCGGGUCGGGGUCCGAGGCGGAGCAGGAGCCGGCGUCGGAUCCUGGGCCGCAGCCGCAUCCUAGCUGGGCCUCCGGGCCGCCGGUGGAGCGGCCGCGGCCUGUGGGGCAGGAGGCGCCCGCCGCGUCCCCGGAGCCGCCGCGCCGCUGCCACACCGACUGCCUGGAGGCACCGCUCUCCCGCGUCUUCGGCCGGCUGGGUAGAAUUGUGGGCUCCUACCCUUGGGCCUUCCUGCUGGUGCCCGUGAUGCUGACGGCUGCUCUGGGCACCGGCUUCAUCUACCUGCCCAAGGAGAAAGAAAACCUGGAGGAGCAGUACACGCCGAUCGGGAGUCCAGCCAAGGCCGAGCGGCGCUUUGUGCAGGCCCACUUCAGCACCAAUGACUCGUACCGCUUCUCCGCCUCCAGAAUGAGCACUGAGGCCAACUUCGCCUCACUUCUGGUGGUCUGCAACACCCCCUCGCUGCUGGAAGGAGAAGUCUUUGCAGAAAUUAGUAGGUUGGACCAAGCUGUGCAGAAUCUGAAAGUGACCCUGGAGAACGGAACCCAGAUCCUCUACCGUGAGGCGUGUGCCAAGUACAAGGCAUUUUGUGUGCCCCCUAACCCACUGUUGUUUGCCUGGCAGCACAACAGAACAAUGGACCUAGGAAAGCUGACCUUCCCCAUCUUCCACCUCUUGGGCCACCCAGUCUCCCUGGCUAACUUCUUAGGAGGAAAUGUCUUGGGCGAGAGGGUGGGAAAGAACCACUUCCUCCUGCAGUCCAAAGCCAUGCGGCUGCUGUACUUCCUCAAGACGGAGCAACCAGAGGAAAGCGAGCAGAGCAAGGAGUGGCUCAUCCACUUUUUGGAGCAGUUUAACAACAUUAAGGACCGUUUGGCUUUGGAGAAGAUUAAGGUUGUCCACUUCACAUCACUUUCUAGACAAAUGGAAUUUGAGUCAACUUCUAUGACGGUGAUUCCUUUGUUUCACUUGGCAUAUAUUCUAAUCAUACUGUUUGCAAUCGUAUCAUGCUUUAGGUUGGACUGUAUACGAAACAAAAUGUGGGUUGCAGUCAUUGGAGUGUUUUCUGUUGCCAUGGCAGUAGUGAGUGGUUUUGGCCUGCUGUUGCAUGUUGGGGUGCCAUUUGUGAUCAUAGUUGCAAAUUCACCAUUUCUUAUUUUAGGUGUUGGGGUUGACGACAUGUUCAUCAUGAUUUCUGCCUGGCAGAAGACCAGCCUCCUGGACAGCACAAGAGACCGGCUGUCCAAUGUCUAUUCAAAGGUGGCAGUGUCCAUUACAAUCACCACCAUCACCAAUGUACUUGCCUUCUAUACAGGGAUCAUGAGCUCUUUCAGGUCUGUACAAUAUUUUUGCAUCUAUACAGGAACAACCCUGUUAUUUUGUUAUUUUUAUAGCAUCACCUGUUUUGGAGCAAUUAUGGCCCUGGAUGGUAAAAGAGAAAUAAACUGCCUAAACUGGGUGAAAAGGCCAGACCCCAAGUAUGCCUCAUUAAAAAGGACCUGCUGUUUUCCAUGUGGUUCUGUCCUAGAUGGAUGUGGAGAAGAUAAUCAUCCAAUGAAUUUAUUCUUUAGAGACUAUUUUGGUCCUUUUCUCAUAAAACCCAAGUCCAAGAUUUUUGUAGUGCUGGUGUACAUUUUGUAUAUCAUAAGCAGCAUAUAUGGCUGUUUCCAUGUGCAAGAAGGGUUAGACCUUCGAAAUCUGGCAAGCGACGAUUCCUACAUCAUACCAUAUUUUAAUAUAGAGGAAGAUUAUUUUUCAGAUUAUGGUCCCAGAGUUAUGGUAAUUAUUACUGAAAGUAUUAACUACUGGGAUGAAGAUGUAAGGCAACAAUUAGAAGCAUGUAUGAUACAAUUUGAAGAAAAUGAAUUUGUAGAUAAUAGUCUUAGAGAGUUUUGGUUGAAUGCAUAUCUGCAAUAUUUGAAAAAUGCCAAAAAGAAUCCUAAUGAUAAGAAGACUUUUAUGGACAACAUUUCUGGUUUUAUAACAGCUUUUCCAUUUUUUAAAUAUGAUAUUAAUAUUUCAUCAUCAAAUGAGAUCACUUGUUCCCGGGGUUUCAUUCAGCUUAUGAGUGUUUCUUCCUCAAAGAAUAAAAAGUUAAUGGUGCUCCAACUACGAGACAUAGCAGCAAAGUGUGAAGUUCCGCUGAUCGUGUAUAACCAGGCCUUCAUAUAUUUUGAUCAGUUUGCUGCUAUAUUAGAGAACACUGUUCGAAAUGUCAUGGUUGCAUCAACAGCUAUGUUCAUUGUGUCCUUAUCACUAAUUCCUCAUCCAGUGUGUUCUGUGUGGGUAACUUUUGCUAUUGCUUCUGUGAUUGUAGGAGUAACAGGUUUCAUGGCAUUCUGGAAUGUCAAUCUUGAUUCCAUAUCCAUGAUUAAUCUUGUCAUUUGCAUAGGAUUUUCUUUUGAUUUUUCUGCACAUAUUUCCUAUGCAUUUGUUUCCAGUUCUAAGGACACAGUAAACAAAAGAUCAGUUGAGGCAUUGUACAUGCUAGGAUAUCCAGUGUUACAAAGUGCAAUUUCAACAAUAAUAGGUGUAUUUGCCUUAUCUGUAGCUAAAGCAUACAUUUUCAGGACAUUUUUUAAGAUUAUGUUUCUUGUUAUGCUCUUUGGGGCUAUUCAUGGUCUAGUUUUUAUUCCAAUAUUCUUAACCUUUUUUUGA